GAGUGGAGCCCGGGCUCGCCAGGUGGAGCAGACGCCGGAGCCGGCCUGGACACGGAGCGCACCCGCACCGCGCCGGGCACCGCGCCGCCUGCCUCCGGCUAGAUCCGCGCCGCAGCCCCGCGCGCCGCCAGGACCCGCUCGCCGCCGCCGCCGCCGCCGCCGUCUGCGCAGCACCCAUGGGGACCUGGAGACUUUAAAAGGAGUUUGGGGUUUCGGGCGCAGGGAAAUCACGGAUCUCAGUUCCUGGCCCUGGCCUCGCCGCGUCAUUGAUGGGCAACCAACUGGACCGCAUCACCCACCUCAACUACAGCGAGUUGCCCACUGGGGACCCAUCCGGGAUUGAGAAGGACGAGCUGCGGGUCGGGGUUGCCUACUUCUUCUCGGAUGAGGAGGAGGACCUGGACGAACGCGGGCAGCCGGACAAGUUUGGUGUGAAGGGCCCCCCAGGCUGUAGCCCCUGCCCAGAGAGCCCCAGCCGCCACCACCACCACCUGCUGCACCAGCUCGUCCUCAACGAGACUCAGUUCUCCGCCUUCCGGGGCCAGGAAUGCAUCUUCUCCAAAGUGACCGGCGGCCCUCAGGGCGCCGACCUGAGUGUCUACGCGGUCACGGCGCUGCCCGCGCUCUGCGAGCCGGGAGACCUGCUGGAGCUGCUGUGGCUCCAGCCGGCGAGCGAGCAGCCCGCGCCAGCCCCUCACUGGGCGGUCUACGUGGGCGGCGGGCAGAUCAUCCACCUGCACCAAGGCGAGAUCCGCCAGGACAGCCUGUACCAGGCGGGCGCGGCCAACGUGGGCCGGGUGGUGAAUAGCUGGUACCGCUACCGCCCGCUGGUGGCCGAGCUGGUGGUGCAGAACGCCUGCGGCCACCUGGGCCUCAAGAGCGAGGAGAUCUGCUGGACGAACUCCGAGAGCUUCGCCGCCUGGUGCCGCUUUGGGAAGCGAGAGUUCAAGGCCGGUGGGGAGGUCCCCGCAGGCACGCAGCCUCCGCAGCAGCAGUAUUAUCUCAAAGUGCAUUUGGAGGAGAACAAAGUCCACACGGCCCGCUUCCACAGCCUGGAGGACCUCAUCCGCGAGAAGCGCCGCAUAGACGCCAGCGGCCGCCUGCGAGUGCUGCAGGAGCUGGAGGACUUGGUGGACGACAAGGAGUAGCCUCGGUGGGGCACGCCGGCGAGCCCAGAGCUCCCCUCCAGUCCCCGCAGUUCUGCACCCCACGCCCCCUAGCGCGCCCGCUCGGGGCCGGCGGCUGGAAGCUUUGGGAACUCACCCUGGCACUGGGCGAGAGCAGCCGCUGGCCCCUAAGACAGCCCUGGCAGUGGUGACUGUGCGGGGGCGACCCAGCCUGAGCCUUUGCCCCGGGUUGUGGCGGGGAAGGGGGGAGUGGGCAAAGGGGAGCAAGGACACGAUCUUUCCAGCUAGCCAAUGGUCAGUGACUCUUCACCAGACAGGGCAAACACCCUUAGUCCCGGGGGACCGUCACCAUCCCCAGCCCCCACAUGCUCACACACAGACCAGUCGGAGGCAAAAAUUGGUCUUUUCGGGGCCCAGUUCAACUCCCGAAUGGAUGUGUCCCCCGGAUAUCAGAAUCUCAUGAAAUCGAGCCUGUCCCGUGUACUUGGGCGCACUUCGGGGACUCCGGGUUACCCUGAGGCUGUCUGAAACUGGAUCGCAGCUCUCCAGCCCAGGGUCUCCCGACAAUGCAUUCCAGGCUCCAGGCUGAGCUAGAUAGGUUUGGUUUCCCCACUAGCACAGCUGGAAGCUAACGCCAUCCCCGAAUGACAGACCCUUGCCAGAAGGGAAGCCUUCUGGGUCCCGGGAGGAAAAAUGGCGCACCACCUCUUUAGGUGAGGAGGGCCUGCCCGCUCCGGAAAAGGAGGUAAUUCACCUUGUGUGGGGGCACUUGAAGGUAGGAAGGAGGAGGCUUUUUGCUCGGAAGCCCUUGAUUGCUUCCCUCCCCGCUCUUGAGUUUCGGAGAGUCCUGUUUUCCAAGGGACUGGAGGGGAGGGAGGCAGGGAGGUUCUACAACAUUCCAGAAACCAGCAUUAGGACAGCCUAGCCAGGGUCUUUAGUUUGGCUUUUCCUUACUAGAAGAUCUUAGAAGGCAGGGGGCAGGUGGAGAUUGUUUUUAAAAUGAAACAGCAGUUUUCCAACGACGUCAACAAAGCCUACAGUGUCGAUGCUUCUCUUGAUCAUUUUUAGCAACAUGCUAAUGAAAUUUCAAAUUGAAAUUUUUAUUUUCAUGGCUUUAAUCCAUGAUAGCUUAAGUGCUGGGGGCCAUUAGGAGUGGAAUUUAGCUAAGACCUUAGCUGACAUUGCCUUUCACUCUGGUUUCUCUCUACUCUGAUGAGAAUUCUGUUUGGGGAUUUAAUUAUUACUUUUGUUUUUCCUGGCUUUACAAAGCAGCCCUGUGAUGGUAGAGCUGUUCAUUAAUGUGUAUACUGUACUGAAUUUUUGUCAGUUCAAGGGUCUGCUGCUUUGGUGAAAAUUGCUAGCAAGUUCUACAAGGGUUCUUUUCUUCACUUUGUAAAUCAUCACCAUUUCAUCUUUGCAUUUCUUUUCCCCCCUCUCCUCCAUCUCUUGAUCCCCUUUGAAAGGAAUCUAGAGUUCUUGGGCUUUGGGCCCCUCUUCUGUAGCUUGUCCUGCUGCUUAUUUCUGAGAACAGGGAGGCGCUCUUAGAAGCAGGACAGACUGUGAGUCUUUCAAAACGUGAAGGUUACUGAAGCUCCUUCCUUUGGGCAAGAGUUUGUGGGUUUUCUCCAAGGGGUACAGCCCCAGCCUAACUGAUCGUUACUUGAGUCUAUGUGCCAGACACACCUUAGGACACAUACUGUCUCUCUUGAGAGAGUUUGUCAGACAAUGGUGUUUAGCUAAUGGUUGCGAGCAAUCGCAUCCUGACAGCUAUGAUUUAGUUGAACAGCAAACGUUAUGUCCAAAGCCAGUUUCUUGGCAUUUCAAAAAUAAUGCAAUAAAAACUAGUGGAAGUUAGCUGGCAGGGAAAUGCCUUUUCCAUGGUAAAUGCUUCGUUUCUGUUUUGUGGGGAUUUUUUGUUGUUUUAUUUUGUUUCAUUUUGUUUUCAUGCUGGAGUCAUUCCCUGAUCUUGAGUCAAAAGGUCAAAUCAAUGAAAUAUGAACUAAAGUAUUUUUCUGAAGCCAAUCGAGUGAUUUAUUUUUUAAAACUGUUUAUGCUUUUCUUUCAGCACAUACAACAGCAAAACUUUUGUAACAACUAAACUUAGCCUUUGCAUGUAUGGAGAACCGAAAGUCGUUUAUUUCUCUAACUUAGUCUUUCGGCAGAUGACAGAUCGAUGACCAUAAACCAAAACUCUUUACUGUGUGUACACAUGCCAUACCCUUUCUUGUGUCCUACUACUGUAUGUUGGCUCCCUGCUGAAUUAAACACCAUCCUAAGCACUUGUUCAA